GCAGGUUGUGCAGGGAGAUUCACGAUGAUGCACCACACCGGCAAUUCUGCCUGUUAUCUGUGACAGAUAUGCUAUAUUUCACUGCGAUAGGAAAGCGCUCCUAACAUGUAGAACCUCAUAUUAAACGUGUAGAUUAAAUUACUUGCACAGGCUACUCCGUGCUGUCGUACGUUUAAUGAUAAUCAGAUAGCCAAUACCGAAGAUAGUCCAAUAUUAGCGUUAGCGAGUUAGCCUAGCCUGGCGCAGUCCACCAUGUUUGAGUUUCUCCGACUGUUGUAUGCAGCGCAGCCGGAAUAGGCGGUCCUGAAGAGUCGCCUCGGGCCCAUGUCGUGGCAAUGGCGUUGUCUGUGGCUCCUAUCAGACAUUUAAGAGGAUGAAUACGGCGUUUUGUAUCGAUGAAUUCCGACAAAACUUUGAAAGCGACAAGCAGUGGUUAGCUAGGAAAUUAUUUAUAAACAAACUCCUUGACAAGUACGAAGCAAAUAAUAUAGAUCAGCUGCUCUCCCUGUCGAUGGUGUGGGCAAACCAUGUGUUCAUGGGAUGCAGGUAUGGCCCACAACUGAUGCAGCGAGUGCUUGAGAUGGCAGAAGGGAUUCAUGUUGGCGAAAUGCCCUCCUAUGAACUAGUCCCAAGUGCUGAAGCAAAAAAGAGGCCGAAUUCAUCUGAUGGAAGAGAGGAGCCCAUGAGGAAGAUGCCUGUGUCAAAAUUUGGCUCUAGACCACGAUUUGAGCCAGUGCAGUUUGUCAGUGGCACCAGCACCAGCAGCAGUUGUCUGGGGAGUACCGAUGAAAAAGAGAAUGAGAAGGAGCGCAGGGGUGGGGAGAUGAACAGUGUGAGACAAAGGGAGCCAGACCAGCCAUACAACAGUGGACGUGGUUACAGUUCUUCAUCCGCCUCUUCAUUCGACAGAGGAUCGUCGUAUGGCUAUGAUUCUUGGGCUGAUCACAGAGGCAAGGACAUGUCAUUCGGCAGCAAGAGUGGUCUUGGCUAUGGCAGUAGAGGGUCCACCUCAAACUUUAUGGGAAAACUGCAGCAGGAUUACACCGCAAGAUAUGAGGCACACACUGCAAGACAGGCAAACUCACCCACCCAAGCUGGUAGAUUUGAUGGAUAUGCAGGUGGUAGGCCUGGAGGCUGGGAUUCAGGGCGGCAAGGGUUGGGCUAUGGGCAUCAGGACAGACCAUCAUCUAGCAGGGCUUUCAGUAGAGUCUAUGACAGUCCAAGCAGGAGCAGCCCUGGCCUACUGCCUACACCAUCUAUGCCAAUCCCAAUUCCCUCAGCAACAUUGGAGGAGAAGCAGAGGCUAAUUGGCAGGGUUUUGUCUGCUAUAGCCAUUACUCUCCGGGAUCCUGCAUUUGUGGGAGGACCUGAUGGUCCAAAUUACAAUUUUAUUCUCAGCCGCAGCAUUCAAGCUUGUAAAACUAACCCGGAGUACAUUUAUGUAAAUUUAAAGGAUAUCCCUCCAGCUGAUCUGCCUAAGAACAGAAAAGUGCCGUCUGAAGGUUACGCAUGUGAGCUAAGGUGUUCGUGUGUGUACCUUGCAACAGGAUACUCUGGAAGCAAAAAUGGUGCCAGGGAUCGCGCAUCAGAGCAGGCUGUCAAACUUUUCAUGAAGCCAGUGGAAGUUCGUGUUGUACAGCGUCAGUAUAAGCGUAAUUAUGUCAAUGACAUGGUGGUGUGCCAGUUAAACACCCCAACUCCAGCCUUAGUUCCGCCUCUCCGCAACCCAGAGGAUAACCCACCACCCAAUACCAAGGGUCAGUAUGUGCCUGAUAGAAGCAAACACUGGACAGAGUUUGUGCUAAUGGAGAAUGCCCAUGAUGCCAUCUGCAUCCUCAACAAUUCUGCUGCCUACAACCGCAUGAAAAUUGAUUACACAUUUGACCCAAUACCUAACAGCAAUCUGUGGCUGUGUAGUGUAUACUUACAAGAUGAGCUUUUGGCUCAAGCCAGAGGAUCUAAGAAGAGCUCUAAGCAUGCUGCAGCUGAGGAGGCUGUGAAGAAGCUGUGAACUAAUCAGGCAGCUCGCCAACAUCAGGAACAUCAGGAACAUCAUCAUCACCACCAUCAGCAGCAGCCGCAGCCACAGCAGCAGCAACAGCAACAGCAACAGUUUCCUCAAGGUAACCACAACUUUGACCAGCCCACUGGCCGUUUUAGCCAGCAUGGUGGCCGUAAGAAGCAGCUCAGUGAGUUGGUUAUUUUAGAAAACUCUGAUAAUGCCAUUUGCAUUAUCAAUGACACUGCGCAGUUCAACAAAGUGGCUGCUGACUACAAAUUUACUGUGCUACCAGAUCAUCGCUGGAGAUGUGAAGUUUAUAUAGAAGGACAGUUUGUGGCUGCAGGCAUUGGACCCAAGAAGACAGUUAAACAUAUUGCAGCUGAGGAAGCAAUUGCCACUCUGAAACGGACACAGGCAGUGGUAAAGUCCAACCUCAGGAAGGAGGGGCAUGUGGAUGCCAUUUCCCGCAAUCAAAUUAUAGCUCGCUCUGGUGAGGAGUCCAUGCGACAGGAAAUCAAGGAGGACAACAUCGGUAACCAGUUGCUGCGCAAGAUGGGCUGGACAGGUGGCGGGUUGGGUCGAGAGGGAGAGGGCAUUGCAGAGCCGAUCAUGGUAAAGGAACAGUUUUCCAGGGAAGGACUUGGUAUGGAUAUGGAUAGGCAUGGGAAUCAGCUGACUAAGCGUGAUAUUGAGGAAAUCAUACGUAAUUAUGCGUGCUCAGAUCGCCAGGAUGACCUGCGCUUUUCCACUGAGCUCAAUAAUGAUGAGCGCAAGCAGAUCCAUCAGGUCUCCCAAAAAUAUGGGCUGCGGAGCAAGUCUUACGGACAGGGAAGACAGCGUUUCCUUGUGGUUAGCCGAAGAGUGCAGAAGGAGCAGCUAAUCGGUCAGCUGUUGCAAGAGGGGCAAGUGGGACGAUAUGAGCUUGUGAAACCUCAGGCCUCUCACUGACUGGGGGGAAAAAAGAAAAACCUCAGAGAAACCUAUAAAUCAGUGUUUCCACAGCCCUGUUCCUGGAGUAUCCACGCUCUGCACAUUUUAGGGGGUUCCUUACUCCAAACACUCCAGCCUUGACUACUCUGCUAAUUAACAGGCUCCUUAGUGAGUUUGAAAUGGAUGUGUUAGAACACAGACUAAACCUGAAGUGCAGGGGUCCUCUGGAACAGGACUAGGAAAUACUGUUACAGAUGACCGUUACUAUGAGUAAAGCAGUAGUACUUUGUUUAUUUGCUUCAAAAGAGCGUGAAAUGUAUUUUUCAAACAAAGUGUCAGGUAACACCCUCUGUUGCGUCUGUAUUCCUGAGAGAAUGAUCAUUUUUAAUGGAUCGCACACUCCUCCUUUCCCCCAUGCAAUGCCAUAGAUUUUGUCUACUGUAGAGUUUGUGCUAGGUUAACUCAAGGCACUAUUAUGUACACAAGCUACCUUACUAACUGAGGUUUGUCAUACCUUGUAUCCUGUGAUUUUUAUGGACAUUAGUAGUGGAUCUUAAGACAGCAUGUGCUCCUUUCAAAUCGAAACAUUCCAUUUUCAUUAAAAUUUCACAAUGGACAAUAUAUCCAUCCCCUGUUCAUGUGCAGUAAGUUAGACCUUUUAAAUUAUUUAAAAAAAACAUGUUAAAAAAAACAAAACAAAAAAAAACACAGUUUGGGAAGGGGGAGUACCAUUACACACUUGUCACAUUACAGUCAGAUAACCAGUGUUAGCGGUAUUUUAAAAGAUCCAAGACAUCAUUGGAAGCUAGUUAACUGAACUGUCUUCCCUUUGAGAAAUGCCUAAGCAGCCAUUCUUGUGAUUUACUCUACAUAAGUCUUUAGGUUUUGUGAAUACCGUGAAGUGUCUGCUUGUUUUGGCAUACAUAUUAAACAAAUGUAAUCUGUC